UUACUAUUUAUUGACCAUAGACAAUCAGCAGCGUUGACUGGACCCUUACUCUUUCUGGGUUCCUCCGUUCAAUAUAAAUGCGUCCAAAGGUCCUUCUGGCCUCCAAGUGAUCAGCUAGACUUUUCUCUCUUGAAUUCUGUAACAUUCUUUUCUUGGCUUCGGGACCUGCAACUUUAUCUGAUAUACUUCUGGUAUCCUCGAACCUUUCAGCAAUGAAGAAAGUGGUUUUGAAAGUGGAACUGCAUAAUGACAAAGGAAAGCAAAAGGCCAUGAUGAAAUUAUCGGGCCUUUCAGGCGUUGAUUCCAUCACCUCGGACUUGGAGGACAAGAAAAUGACGGUGAUCGGGGACAUCGAUCCAGUUGAUAUAGUGAGCAAGUUGAGGAAGCUCUGCCGCCCAGAGAUACUCUCUGUUGGACCAGCAAAAGAGCCUGAGAAGAAGAAGGAUGAUAUGGCCGAGCUUUUGACAGCGUACCAAGCCUAUAACUAUAAUCCUUACAUGGCCACACAUUAUUAUGCAGAGGAGGAUCCUAACAGUUGCGUGAUCUGUUAAUUCUUAUAUCUUAGAAGAAUAUUAACGUCCAAAAGGUUGGUGUUCAAGAAUAGAGGUCUCUGCUGGACAGUAGUAGGUGAUAGUGAGUUGAUUGAUCUUUAUGUUUCGUUGCGCGCUUGGGAUGUUACGUACAUUGUUUUGGUUAGUGGGUUUUAAACUUUUACAUCAA